AUGGACUUUUUGUUGCUUGUCGGUUUUGUUACUUUUGCAGUUGGUAUAAAAUAUUUUCGCUUCAAGAUAUCUUGUUUGGUUGUUUAUUCUGUGGCAACUUUUGUUGGCUUUAAUGUGAGGUGUAAAGUUAUUUUAGAGGCUGUGAUAUUGACGGCUGUGGUUGUAAGUCUCACUCUCUACACAUUCUGGGCUGCAAAGAGAGGUCACGACUUCAAUUUCCUUGGACCGUUCUUGUUCGGUGCCUUGUUUGUGCUGAUCAUCUUCGCUUUGAUUCAGAUAUUCUUUCCAUUGGGCAAAAUCGGUGUAAUGAUCUACGGCUGUAUAGGAUCCAUCAUUUUUUGUGGCUACAUCGUUUAUGACACGGAUAACCUGAUUAAACGAUACACUUACGAUCAGUACAUCUGGGCUGCUGUGUCAUUGUACCUCGACAUUAUCAACCUCUUUCUUUCUCUGCUAACAGUGUUCAGAGCUGCCGACAGUUAGGCGAAUGUACACAAAAACAUUCACAAUUGUUUCUUUUAGUCAAACCCAUAAAUUGUAAAGUAAUUUGCGAG